CUUAUCUAUUACCAAUGUAAGAACAUUUCUUUGGUUGGUACGCCUGAAUGGAAUGAGUCCAAUACAAUUCCGGAUAAAUUAUAGCGUUACGUACUGUUAACCUUAUCUUCUAUGAAGAUUUCUCUCAACCUGUGAAUGUUCUUUUAGAGUGCAUUGGUCAAGUAUGGAGUGGUUGUAUAUCUUAUUGGCCAUUGAUGACAGUUCUCUGACAUCUUUUUUGAAACUGAUGUAAUGAUAAACAUAAAAUCAUGAGUGACACAACAGAAAUUUAAUAUAGCUUAAGACGCAAGUGUUCAUACAUAAAUAUACAUAUACAUGUGACAGCCUACAAGCCAUGAUGAUUCAUAUUCCUUGAUUAUUGAAAAACUUUAAAAUAUCAUCAUGGAAGAAAAUGAAUUAUACAAUGUUACAGUUCCAUUUUUGUCUGGUAUUGAACCAGCAUUUUGGAACUAUUCUGAUCAUGUUAUUCUUGAUGAUCUUAAAAUGGAUAGCAACUUUAUAUGGUUGCUUUGUUCAUUAGUAUCUGCCAUAUCUUGGAUCAUCUAUAUAGUUUAUUAUAAUAGCAGAGUUAUUGGUUACAUAUUAACAAAACUGUUGAAUCGUUUUGUUAUACAUGAUGGAUAUGUUAAAAUUGGAUCAUUUACAUUAAGUGCUCUAAGUGGAAAAAUAAUGUUUAGAGAUAUAGUUUUUAUUACAACAGAUUAUAGUAUUAGAAUACAAGAUGGAUGGCUUAUAUUUAGGUGGUGGAGGAGUUAUGUACCAAAAGAUGUAUCGGAAGAUCUUUCUCAUUCAGAUACACGACUUUCAGUAAUGUUAAAUGGAUUUGAAUUGCAUGUAUAUAAUCGCUGUCAGUUAUAUGGACAAUUAGGAAAAUUAUUCGGUCUCACAACUGAAAUGUUUGCAGACGAAGAAAUUUUUUGCAUGAAUACAGAUAAUCAUGAUGCGACAUCAUUAGGCAAUACUACUCAUGAAAAUCGUCAACAAACAAAUGCAAUGGAUGUUUCACGUCAUGUUGAUAACAUUAGAAAAAAAGAAGCUCAUGUUAUUGCUAGAACCUGGAGAGAUUUAAUACCUGUUAUUAAAUUAGAUGUUUGUACGGGGAGAUUAGUAUUUGGUAAUCGCUUAGUACCAACAACACUUUCAAUAACUGUAGAAGAAGCACAUUUUGUAUACUCUACUAAACCAGCAGCAUCUCGACAUGAUCAUUUUAUGCAUUUUUCAAAGUGUAAAGCAGAAAAUUUUAAAGUCAUCUUAGCACCUAGUCCCAAGUAUACAGGAAUGGUCGAUGAUCCACCUAGGUAUAUGGGUGAAGGUUUUGUUGUCUUAAGUUCUAAUAAUAUGGAAGUAUAUUAUUAUAUGGAUGAGCCUGGAUUCGUUCCUGAACAUCCAGAAAUGAUACAAUUAGUUAAUGGUGAUAUGGUCGAAGCAAUGCCACCUAUAUGGGGUAUAGACAUUAAAUGUGGGAAGGGUACAGAUUUUAGUUAUGGUCCUUGGGCUGACGGGCAAAGAGAACACUUAUUCAAGUUUUUCUUUCCAAAUGAUUAUCAACCAUUGAAAGUUACAAAAACUCCAAUCCCAGGAGAGAAAAGACAAGUGCAAUCUUUCGAUAUUAGAUUAUCAACACUUAACGAAGCAACAGUUGACAUACUGUUUAGUAAAAAUAGAGAAACUAAUGCUGUUCAUAUUAAUGUAGGACCAGGAUCAUAUUUGGAAAUUACCAUGCCAUGGAUAGUCUUACAGGAUGGAUAUACUACCAAAAUAACUGGCCAGUUAUUACAUUUAGAAGCUACAACAAGCUUGCAAUAUCGUAGUUUAUUUGAAAGUGAAACAUUAGAAUUUGGAGUAAAAUGUCAUUAUCCGAUAAGAUGGAAUGAUCAUCAAGAAUGGGCUCUAAAUUUAACUGGAUGUAAGGCCACGGCUAAUUUAGUUUAUUCGCACAAAGAAUUUUUUCAAGAUAUGAUUAAUGAAUGGGCCAAUAAAUCGAGGCCUGAUAUAUUGCAUUUUGUUCCAUAUACGUGGAAAUUCAGUUUGUUAUUGAAAGAGUUUGAGUUAAUCACAGUUUGCAACGAAUAUAAUUGGAUCGAUUGUUCAUCUCAAAAUCAAGAAAACGCACAUAUUGCUUUUUGCGGAGAAUUUUUUGAUUUAUCAUUUGAUCUCCCUUUUGUUGACUUCCUACCUUUGACAAUACCUUUACGUUUCUGGAUUCAAGGGGAAAGUGUUGAUCUUUCGUUUUAUUUGCCAGAAGUUAAUACAAACCGUGCAAUACUAUUAGCAUUAGAUAAGAAUGCAAAGAUUAUGACACGUGAUGGAUCUCAUAAACAUUUAAACGAAUUACAUAAAGGUAAAAAGUGGAGAAACGUAUGUCAAAAAGGAUCAGGAUGGGUAGACUGUUGGUCUGUUCCAAUUGUAGCAUUAAGUAUUAAUUAUACAUAUCACCCAUGUCCACCAUUGGGACCUACUCCACAAGCAAAUAUAACAACCCCUGAAAAAGAAGAAAUUUUACUUUCUCCCAUAAGAAUUCCACGUUGUAGAAAAUCACCAAGUCUUCAAUGGACACGGAAUGGUACACAAAAGUUUGAUCCACAAUCUAUACCUCCGGAUAAAGUGAGUUUGGAACUUGAAAUUGGACCAUCUAUAUUAAUUUUAUACGGAUCAUUAUUAAGAAGUUUUAUGCAUUUAAAAGAAAAUUUAUUUGGAGAUUAUCAAACUUUCACUGAUAUGCAACAGAGUAGAACUAGCCCUACAGUUGUAAGUACUGAUAGAAGUAAAGAUCGAGAUAUGCAAAACAGCAGUGUUGAAGCAUCAACGGAGGAUGAAGAAAUCAAAUCUAAACCAUUUGAUCCACGAGAUUAUCGACCAUUAGAAGUUACAGUAGGUAUUACAAUGCAUGAUAUACAGGCUCAUCUUAUUAAAAAUUGCGGUGAAAAUGAUCCACCCUGUCCUGUUAUACUUCUGGAAAGAUUUGGUUUUGAAAUGAGAAAAACUUUCAAAGAAACAGAAUUGCAGCUUCUUCUAUCACCUGCAAUAGCAUUGCUUAUGGAUAAUGUACCAAGAUCGAGUAAAGAAAGACAUUUAAAUCAAGGUCACUUAAUGUUAAGUGCAUUACAAGUAAGAGGUCAUGCAAUGUUCAGUAAUGAAGGAAGAAGUUUGGAUCAAGAAACAUUAGAAUAUGCAUGGCUAAUUGAAAUUCAAUUAGGAAAAUUAAGUGGAAAAAUUAGUUCGCCACAAUUACAUCACCUUGUAACCUCUCUGGAAACCUUUUUAUUAAUGGUUAAGAAUUCGGAAAAUAGCUUACGUCCUCCAGAUUUACCUCAUCAUUGUCAUCAUGGUGUUCCUCCAUUACAAUGUACAGACAGUGAUCUUGACAAACAUUAUAGGUGUCCUAGUUCUGAAGAUAUCAAAUAUAGAAUGACAAGGUUGUCUGUAGAUGCUAUUGAUUUAUAUUUCCAAGAAGUGGGCACAGUAAUACAAUUGUGGAUAUCUCCAAUUCGUUUAUCAACUUGUAAUCUACAUGGACAACAAGUUAAAUCUGGUGUAACAGGAGUACUACCUACAAUAUUGAUUCGCCAAUUUGUAUCUGCAGCUGGCCAUUUUGCUAAUACAAGUAAUACUAAUACAACUGGCAGUGGAAGAUCAUAUAAUAAUACGAGUAGUAGAUUGUCAGGUGAUGGAACUGACAUUUGGCUUGAAGUAGGAUCAGUAUCUUUGGGUCCAGUUAUUCUAGAAGCUGCAAUAUCUCUCCCUACUCCGGAACAUGAUUUGCAUUUAGUACAAAAUAAAUAUUUAAAAAUGCACGAUGAAGUAACAAAAAGAUUGUGGUUUCUUUGGCCCCAAGAAAGUGGUGUAAAAUUAACGAAAUGCGGAUGCAUUGGUGGAUGUGCAUUUUUUGGAAAUAACAGAAAUGGCUCAAGAUUUUUUAAACCGAGCUAUCACGAUCUACAAGAUGGAAUUAAUAUCGCUGCUUAUAGGAUCUACGAAUCAGGAAAAGAUAAAGGAUUUGGACAGUCUAUUUUACACGAUAAUCAAUUAGUUUUUCAUACACCUCCUUAUAGUUUACAAGAUGUAUCUUUGCAAGACUCGUGUUAUCCUGUCACAGGUGUCAAAGUAACUAUUGUUCAAGAAGGAUUACAAACUUCAAAGAAAAAUAUUGAUCGUCCAAGUGCAUCUAAUAUAAAAGAUGUUCCAUAUUCUCGCUUGGUUGAUGCCAGUCCUGUUGCACAGCUACCACAAAAAUUAGAUUCUGAUUCUAAAUUAAAUACUGAACGUAGUAAAUCUAUCUUAAGUGUUCCAGAAAUUGAAACUGUUCCAAAAAGUAGUGUAUCUGAUUCUAAAUUAGCGGUAGAUUAUUUUAAUGCAACAGAUGGUGAUACAGCAGAACAAAGUAGUAGUCCUCAGUCUUUACCUGUAGAAAUGGCUUUUUCUGGAUCUACAAGAUCAGCCACAAAAAGUAGUGAUCGCGUCAAUGUAUCUGAUUCUCACCAUUCAUUGUGUGUUAGAUCAGAUUCCGAGGAACGGUUCAAACAAGAAGUUCAAAGAACUAUUUCAAUGUCAUCAGAAAAUCAUUCAGAAGCAUUUUAUUCUGCUGAUGAAGAUAUGAGUCAUGGUUUAAGCGGAAGUAGAACGUCUAGUUUACGUCAAUCUAUCGUUGGUUCUGGAUCGGUCUUAAAUCGUAACGAUAGUAUGAAAAAAAAAUUUUCAUCCGAUCUGUCUAUCGUGGAAAGUUCAACAAAUGUAAAUCUUUCUGCAGCAGAUAAGGCUCAUACUUUAGAAAGAGCUAAAACUCAAACGCUAAAUUCGAAACGCAGUCCAAGAGUUACCAAAAAUGCUACUCUCCAGAAUGAUACUGGUGCAUUAAACGAUAAUGGAGCUCUACAGGAUUCUUCUGAUAGUCAUUCCGUUUCAUCUACCAGUUUUAUAUCUGCUGUAUCGUCUCAAGAAGAUGUUACACUUGUGAACUUGCAUAUGCAAGUGAAUAAACCAAUUGUCGAUUCUCCACUUUUAAUGUCAAGUUAUGUCAGUCAUUUGACACAGGUAAGAUGCUCUAAUUGGGCACAAUCAUCAUUACCUUCUGGUGGAGAUGCAUUUACUACACCAGUAUUUCAACGUACAGAAGAUGGUAGACUGGUUUAUGUAGGAGGGAAAUAUGUGCCAAAACUUGAAACGAUUAGCGAAGGAUUUACAUCUUUGAAAAUGGUAACACGUUGCGAUGGUUCACCUAUUGCAGGAUCUUCAAAUAAAACACCCACGCAUCCUUUCUUAUGGGAUAGUACAACAUUAAAUCAAAUGGAAGGUGAAGAUAAUAAUGCUACUCACGAUGAAGAGGAAUUAUUGGCAGCACACGAAACAGGAUCUCGAACGACGGUUAUCAUAAAAUUCAAGGGAGAUAUUGAUAUCAUGAUAAGUCCCAUGGUAUUAGAGUCUCUUCAACAUUUCAUAGAAACUAUCGUACCAACUCUGGCUAUAUUACAUCCAUUGACUAUUUUAAAUCAUCUCCAUAAUGAAUGUAUAGAAAAAGUCAAGGAUGCUAACAUUUUAAAACAAGAUCAAAGUUUAUCUUAUUGGAGUCAAGUGCAAACCAGCUCUAAACGAUCAACAGCAGAAAGGAAUGUUAGGAAUGGUCAGGGUGAUGAUAAAAGUAAAAUUGCGUUACAAACUAACGUUUACGAAGAAAGUAUUACGACACAAGUACAAGGUAGCAUCAUUUUACCAAAGAUGAACUUAACGUUAUUGCAAGCGUCUGUUGUCGAAGAAAUAAUAUCUUUCUCUGCACUUGAAAAUAUACGAGAUCUUACGUGUGUAUCACUAUUUGCAAUUUGUUUUGACGAUGUCACCGCAAGAUUUUAUCUUGGAAAGCAAGCAAGAGAAGUCGUUCAAACGUUUCACAAACCUGCCGUUUUACCAAAUCAAAAAAAAGUUAAUAAAAUCAGUAAAGCUUUUUUACCUGGUCACCAAACUACAGCUGUAGUAAGUGAUUUUGGUGGCGGAGAAACUGUAUAUAUUGAAACAUCUGAGAAACAACAGGAAGAGAUUAUAAUUACUUUAAAUGUUGGAAAAGUUCAUACGCAAUUGCGUAGACUUAGGAAUGAAUCUUCAAUAUUAAAAGAUGCUGUUAUAACAGCUAUACCUGCUCAUUAUUCAAGAGUAUUGUUUACAUGUACAAGAAUGACUUCUCCAUUAAAAUGCAUUGAUUAUUAUCUUUUGCAAUUACCUGAUGAAAAAGAUAAACAAAAUAAACAAACAGGCCCUUCUCAAGCUACAGAAGAAUUUACUAUGGGUAGCGGGGAAGAUCGAUUAGGAUUCAUUAUGUUCGAAUGUGGUUUGGAAGGGAUUAAAUUAAAAAUUGUAAAGAGAUCGCAAUUUGAAAAAGGAGAAAACGGACGUGAUGAUAAAAAAGCAGAUACUGAAUUAUUAUACACUGAUAGUAUAAAAAGUCAAGAUGAAUUAGAUAAUGGAGCUGCUUCUACAACUCCAGCUGCUGAACAAGAAACAAGUUCGACAAACGUACUAAAUGGAACGCAAAUAAAUAAUAGUGCUACUUGUACUAGUCUUCAUUCCAAAGCAACUAAUGGAAAUACUGUUUCAUGUAUUAUUGAAUUAAAAACUGUAUGGUUUAAUUUUGCAGCACCGCCUCGUACUCCGAUAACACGAAAAAUAGAUUAUACACGAUUAGAUUGGAAUUUGCUCAGCACUGCAUCUCCAGCCAUUAAUGCUUGGAUGAAUCCAAGUAAUAAAUUUGCUAUUAGAAUUGUUUAUAUGUUUAGAACUAUGUAUCGAAGAUCAACAGCAAUAGUUGCUUGUCUCAUGGCAGAAGCAUUAGAUGUGCAAGGAAUCCACAUGCCUGUUAAGAGUCGUUAUGGAAGAUUGACACCGCUGGCUAAAACUCUACAAGAAGAUCCAUCGUGUCAAUUAUGUACAAUUUUGCAAAAUUAUGUAUUACUAUCUGAUUUGGCUAAUAUAGAGACAAAUCUUAAAGAAUCUGAUUUACCUCUUUUAUCAACGCUUCGACAGGGAGUAAUUGUAUUAAGUAGACAAUGGAAAAAUGUACUUUACACCCCAUUACUUUUGGAACACAACUAUAAAACUAAACAUGUCAAACCUCUGAACGUCACAUUUGCUGUUUCUGAUCCUGAUGAGGAAAAUUUGCUGACGGAUGGGGAGGGUAGUGCAGGAGAUGUUGAUGAUCAGGAAGUGACAGAUGAAUAUGCUAUGCUAAUCCACACGGACCAUAUGAACAAACAUAUACAUGUCAAGAAUGGACAAGAUAAAAGCUCAGGCAUGUGUGGUGAUGGUUUGACGGUUCCUGUAAGUUCUCCUCGUGGGGAAGAUACAACCCCAUUACCAACACCGGUUCCAGGCCCGGAUUCACUAACCUCUCCCUCUCCACCAGUAGUUCUUCCAAAGAGAGGAAAAUCGCUGCAACCUACACAAGUACCUGUUAGUACACGAGCAAGUAUUGUCUUUCCCUUGCUUGCAAGCGGUGGCCUGUUCAAUCAAAAUCGAGAACAGAAUAAUAUAAGCUAUGGAGCAUUACGAGAAGAGAAACCACCACAAAUUCAAGUAUCCCAUUCUCAUCAACUUGGUUCUAAUCCUAGUAUAUAUUCUGGAGGUCUAGGACAUGGAAGUCAACAUAGUACUGGGAGUUUAGAUCGAAUAACUUCUCCAAUAAGUCAUCAUUCAAAUAAACCUAUUAACACUGAAGAAGAUUUAUACAAUUGGAUGGCAAAACAGCAAGAAUUUAUAAAUGAUAAUGAGAAAGGAAAUGUAAAAGGACACUGGGUCUUUCAUGCAGAACAAAAGUCAAUGAAGGAUUCCAAGAUUAAUACUAUGACAACAGAUGACACAGAAGAUUCAGAUUUACAUAGUGGUGCAUUUUUAUACCCAAUGAAGGAUUCCCUUCGAUUAUUGGAUGCUCAUUUAAUUUUUGAACCUCUUUUAUCUUCAUUAUCUGUUAUGCCUCAACAAAUGUUAUCAGCAAUUGGUUCUGGAAACGUAAACAAUAUGUCAUCCUUAGAUUGCUUAGGAUCAAAUUUGUCUCUCGUAGGAUGUAUGGAUACAAUGCGUAUCGAUAUUGUUGUCAGUGAAUUUGGAAAAGUAACAGAUAAAAAGAAAAGUAACAAACAGAAAAGAGGUGUUGGAUCGAAAUUUUAUUUGGACAUCCCUCCUGAAACACCAGCAUUUUUAUGUGAAAAAAUUGGUGUUGAUAUAGAUAUUAAAAAAAUGGCUGAUAUGACAGUAGAUGAUAUGAUACAAAAACAAAAUGUUUUAUAUAUAUCUAGAGGCCAACUAAAAAAGCAUAUUAGUACAAUAGUUAAUGUCAGUCUCAAUAUACGUUAUAUCAGUCAGCAAGUAACUAUGCCAUUACUCAGGUUAUUGCACCAAAUUAGUAAUAUGUAUCAAAAUGUUAAAGAAACACAAAUGGAAUUAAAAGAACAACAUCCUGAAGCCAAACGAAAUACAAAUUUACUUGUCAAUGAUACUGUCACAAAAAAUGGCUCGUCAUCAACAUCUGAUUUACAAGAGCAUCUUCUUAUUGGAAAAAAAGCAGAAAUUCCAUUACUUCGUAAUAGUUUUGAACCAAAUCAGCAAAAGAUCAUAUCACCAGGAGCAAGUAUUAGGUCUCGACCACAAAGUUUUGCUCAAAAAUUACGCAGUACAGGGAAAAGCGUAAAAGGCUACAUUAAUUUAAGCGAAGGCGUUAUUACACCUAGUUUUGGAGCGAGUCCUAGUGGAUCGGGUCUUGAUAAAUUUAGCAUAUUAUCGGAUAAAUGCAAAGAUACUGUCAAUUUAAUACCCAGAUGUUGGAAAACCAUCUAUUACCUCUUAGAUCUAUAUGCGACACGUCCAGAAACAAAGACUAUUACUCAUCGAUUUUCCAUUCCCGCGGAUGCGGCUGAACAUUACAAAACUAAUAAGAAGUACGAAGUUUUGAACGAAACGAAAGAUGUAGAUAUUGAAAAAGGUUUAAACGUAGAGAAUAGUUCUACACCAAUACCACCUCCAAGGGAAUUAAGUAUUGUAACAGGUGAAAGGACUAGGUUAAUUAUUUUUGGAGUUGCAAGAAUACAUAGAACUCGACUUUUAGCUACAUUAAGUGGCUUAAAACUAGAAGCUGAAAUUACAAGUUUACAAGCAAGUUUAACAUGCCGUAAGAAAACUCGACCUGCUAGUUUGGAGUGUAGUUUGACAGGACAGAUUGGCAGAACUAUGAUCGUUUUACUGGAAGGUGUAGCACCUAGUCAACAAACUGUUGUCAAAAUUACUGUCGGAAAAUCACAAGCUUUGUACUCUAGCAUCACUAGACGUCAGAAAGACAAGAACAGUGGUUUAGUAACUGUUGGAGCUGUUAAUAUAGAUAUACCGCAGCAUCCUGUUGCUCUGCAUGGAAUGAUGACUAGAGGUAGUAAACAGUUAUCAUCUACUUUACAGGAAUUAAGAGUUACAAGAACAUCUUCAAGAAUGUCGAGAGGACAGCAACCGGAUGAAUUAGAUGCUGGACCAAGUAGUCCACAUCAUGAUGCACCAGCACCUACUAUUGAUGAAGAAAAAUCCCAAGCUAUACCUAGUCUUUUGGAACCAAUUGUUAUGCAAUUUCAUAUUAUACUUCAAAGUUUAAGUAUAACAGCAGCAUUGCUUCCUUCUUUACAAGCGCAAUAUAAAAUGGAUCGAGUACACAGUGCAGGUGUAACUGGUAGUAAAGCUAAGUUUACCAUAGACCUGCCAAAUCAUAGUUUAAGUUUUACAACAAAAUUACAAGUAACUGAAGCAAAUCUACCUUCCGAAGCAAGUAUUGAACUUCCUAAAGUACAUGUGUCAGCAGAAUAUAUACAAGAUGGAAAUAGUAGUUUAAACGAUAGUAAAAUUGCUGAUGGGGUUGUCUUAAGGCAGGGCAGUUAUUUGAGUGCCACUGCAGAUAUUGGUACAUUUGAGCAUUCUUUAACAACAGAUCUAUUAAAUCAUUUAGUAUUUGUACAAAAAGUAUUUAUGAAGGAAGUUAAUGAAGUUGUACAAAAAGUAUAUGGUGGAGAAAAACCAGUUCCACUUUGGCUUGAAGAUGACGAAUCUACGAAUUCAACUUUAAAAAGAAUAUUAUUUUCAUUGGUCAUUCGUAUUAAGAGAAUACAAUUGACUGCAACAACCCCAACAAAUUCCGCAGUUCGUUUAGAAACGGGUACAGUUGAAUUUCAAUUAUCUAACAGAGUACAAAAUGUCUCUGGUGCGACUCAACCAAAUCCACAUAUGAAAUUAUUUGGGAAAGCACAAGUUGAUAUUAAUUUGAGUCUUGGGCAAUUACUUAAAAAUGCUCUAUUUGAAGAAGCGGAACCUGAAUUUCAACAAUUCGCAUUUUUUAAUACUAGAGUAGGUUUACGAAAUGCGUUUCAAGAAGAAAUGGUGCAGGGUGAAGAUAAGGAAGUAGUUUUAAUAACUCUAAAACGUCCAUUAAUUUAUAUACAACCAAUGGCUAUCGAUAAAGCAAUACUAGUUUGGUUGAACUAUAAAAAUGCAUAUGAAUAUUGGAACGAAAAACGAGCUAAUUUAAAUAAAGAAGUGUUAACAGCUACUCAGCAAGUCUUUGAAAAAGUUCCAUUUGGUCAAUUGACUAGUCAACUUAGUGCACCGCAUUUGGGAACAUUAUUCUUACAAUUAACAGUAGACGACAUGGGUAUUUGUUUACCACUGAAUCCCUUACCGCCAAAUAAUUGGGGAUUAAGUAGAGGAUUAUAUGAUGGAGAAUUAAGGGGUGCAGUUGUUGUUACACUUGAAAAUACCAGCAUAUCAGCAUGUAGUAGUGGUAGUUUAGUUAGCAAAGCAAGGUUUGUAGGAUUAUGUCUAAGAUUUGCAGAAGAUUUUGAAACAUCUUUAGACGAUUGGAAACCAGAUAUGACUGAUAGUAGUAUAAUGAAUUUGUGUGUAGUUUCUGAAGGUACUUACGAAGUAUGCAGUAGAACGAUUGCACAGAAACAAGAUAAAUCAGAUAAUGCCAAAUGGAUAUUAAAUGUUCAAUGGCAAAUGGAGGGAGUUGAUAUUCAUCUUGAUGUUAAUGUAGGACGUCAAUUAUCAGCACUUGGUCACACAUUAACAAUGCUAACAGGUUUUGAAGAAGAUGAUAUUCAUGUCUCAGCUGAUUAUGAUAGUGAUGAUGCAGAUCAACCAGAUAAUAGUACUAGUCAGGUUAAGAAAAAAGAGAGUAUUUUAAUGAAGAAGUCAAAAAAUUGGACUGACAGUUUACCUGCAUUUGUCUUCGAUCCUACUUUAGAUGCAAAGAAAAGAUCCAAAUUAAUUGAAAAGGAAAUGAACGAACAAGCUAAGAUAAUAAAUGAUUUAAGAUCAUUAGGUGCAUCUCAUGGUACUAUAGAACAAGAAAUGAAACGUUUGCAUGAAUUGGAAGCUAUGGUAUUUAAGGACUUCAGAAGGGAUAUGAUUCAGAAAUUACGAAGACAAUCGGUUAAGGCAUCCGGAAUAAAAGGUAAAUUAGGUCUUGGGAGUAAAACUAAUGCGUAUCGUUCAAGAUCAUUUAUUGUACCCUCACCAACACCAGAAAAUCAACUUGAGAGUCCAGAAGAUAUGAAUAUGGAAAUAAAUUCGGCAAAUUCAGCUAGUUAUGAAAGUAGUCCUAGAAGUGGUCCAAGCAGAUCUGCUUCUCUUCGUGUUAGAGGACUUAGCGGACAACGAGUUACAUUUAGUGAUACUCAUACAAUGUGCAGGCAAUCAUCCUUACCUAGUGCGGGAUCAGAGUUCAGUUUACCUGAGGGAGAAUUAGAGUGGCCAGAGACCAUUGAAAUAGAAGGAGAGCAAGUUGAAUUAAGAAAAAAAAGUAGAGACACUAGUUGUACAUCUAGUUAUGAUAGUAUGGAAGGAAAUGCACCUUUGCUCGACUCGUUUGGAAAAGAACAAACCUCUUCUACUUCAUCGCCAUAUAUAACACCUCAAAAAACUCAAGAACCUAAUAUAGACUUUGAACUUGAUGUAAAAGUAUUAAUAAACAGCGGCAAGUGUGUUCUCCAUACAAAAGAUCCAACGAGGGAAGACGAAAUUAAGCUUAUGAGUAAAAUGAAAAAGGAGAGAUCCUGUUCCGGUGGAACGUUUGAAUUUCAACCCAGCAGUCCAAGCAGUAGUAGAAAACAUUUAAGUAGUAAGGAGAAAUCAUCAACUACGAGUACAUCACGAUUACGAUAUUUACAACACGCGAGUGUACCUUUAGUAGAUUUAACAAUUUUUCGUAUUCCUGGUCUAGAUGUGAAGGUUCAUUAUGAAUCGAAAACUCUUCCCGAAGAAACUAUGUCUCCGCGUAUUACAACAGAAAAUACUUUAUUAAACCCUACUCCUUCAUCUAUGCUUCGAAAAUCUAGCACUAAAAAAGCUAGUCUGUUUGCUUGGAUGACUCUUCAAAGUAUUCCAGAAGAAACUAUAAUAAGUCCUCAUAUUUUGGAAUUUUUCGAACAAACGUUAGAACCAAUUCCAAGCAAAAGUAAUUUCCAAAAUAACACUCAAACAAAUUUUAGCUGUCCGUCAGAAAAUAUAGAAAGUACAUCAUGGGCAGCGACUGCAGCUAAUAGCAAUUAUGUUUAUGCUAGUUUUCCCGUAGACGUCAUAGUAUAUUUUCAUAUGCAACCAUCUACUUUUAGAUUUUCUUGUCUACCAGUUUCUAGAGUAGAAUGUAUGUUACAAUUACCUUCUCUUGACAUAGUGUUCUCUUCAAAACGAGCAGAAGAAGAACUUAUUGAAUUUAGAGAAUAUAAAUCUCCAGUUACACAAACUACAGGAAAGGAAACAGGUUCGGCUAUCGGUGGAUUGUCCGUGACAGGAUGUCUUGCAGAUUUUUCUGUCUAUAUCUUUCAUCCUUAUGGAGGUGGCAAGAAAACAGGUUUAAAAGAAGCUCAAUGGUCACCUUUAUCGGAUAGCGAAAGAAAAGAUUCUUUAAGCAUUAACGUUGAAUUUGUGAAAUUUCAUUUGUCGAGGAUUAAAAAAUUGAAUUACCAAGGUGAACAUAUAAAAAAAGUUCCAGAUGCGAGUAGCCGAGCUGUUAUACGGUUUUCGACAAUCGUUGAUAUUGGCUCUGCUUCAUUCAAAUAUGAUAUGCGUCGUUUGACGGAAAUUCUUGCAUUCCCAAAAGCAUGGUACAGACGUAGUAUUGUUAGACGUCUAUUUCUUGGUGAUCUCAGUUCAGGUACAGCAUAUUCUGAGGGAGAUGGAAGUCCGCCAUUAAAUCAAGAAGAAGCAGUCAUGGGUAGUUCGUUAUUAAAACAUUAUGACAGACAUGCGGGAGAUGGAUUAUCGAAAAGUGCACCUGAGAGAAGUCCUACAUUAAAUAGAGAUAAAUUAAGACUUAGUUUGGAAAGUGAUAUACCAAGACAUGCACGUUUAAAAGAUAUUGGACGAGGAUGGAGUUUUAGCGCAGAAAAAAAAGUAACGUCCGAAGUAAAAUUAAGAGAAUCAGCAUGGGAGACUUUAGUAUUAUUUGCAGUCAAUUUUACUCGUUUGAAUGUACAUAUGAAUAUGGGUAAUGUUAUGGGUAACGUUACUUGGAUGACCAAAGACUUUAGAUCCGAUGGAAGAUUAUCUAUAGGUAGCACUGGACAUAAAAAUUUAUAUAUCGGCAUUGGAUUGGGCGGUUCCAGUCUAGAUGCUAAGGGUGGUAUUGUUGGUGGAAUUAUUGAAUUGAGUAAAAUUGAUACAUACAUACACAUUAGAGAAGAACCUGGAAUAGAACCUGACCAUACAGUUGGAUUAAAAUUAUUUGCAUUAGAGUUGCGACUCGAUUAUAUGGGAACAAGUGUACUUAUGUCUAGAGUAUCUUCCUUGGACAUUACACUUCGUGACGAAUGGAAGAUUAAUCGUCAUAGCAAUGGAGAUGCAUUUAUGCCAACUAGAAGACCAGCAGUCAUUUUUAUGCAUGGUGAUUUGGGCUGGGACCAACUUCAACUUAUGAUCAGUAAAUCGACAACAGCAGAUUUAUUAAAAAUGUUUUACAAGUUAGACGAGUUCUUUAGUCAACAAUUUAAAAGCAGUAAACGAGUAUUCAGUUCUUUACAACCGAGACAUCAAAGAAUAAAUAAUAAUAGUAUGAGAAAGAGACAACAAAAGAAGAGAUCUGCUGCAGAUGGACCAUGGAAUUUAAAUCAAACAGCAAUAUCUGAUGCCAGACAUCAUAGACAUUGGCAGCGUGUAUUGACUCAAGUAGCUGGCCUUCAAUUAGGUAGCUUAAGAUUUUCUUUACCAUCAACUGGAACUGUUCUUGGAGGUACAAUGGAAUUACAUGGGUCAAAUAUUAGUUUGGCCUGUUUUCAUGGUAUUAAUUUCAAAAGCAAAAGUUGGGCGUUAUUCUCAUUGAAGGAGCCGUGUAUCAGUUUUGCUACAGAGGCUCAAGAAAUUCCAAGCGUAGAAUUACCAAAUACAUGCGAUGUACAUGUUGUUCAAACUUUGACUAUUAGCUUAGGACAACAGCAAGAACAACACGCGAGACAUCACUCUAUGGCUACAGUUUGCAGACUAAGUCGUAGCGUGCUAUUUCCUCCGCAAUUUAAAUCUUUACAAGAAUGGUUUCACUAUGCUUUUGCAAGCAGUGAAAUUGAUGCAGUAGACAGAUUUCCAUGCGUUGAGAAAGAUAGAGCAGAAACUACGGUUGAUAAUAAUAAUCCAACAACUCGAGGAAGAAGUACAUCAACUACUUCAGGAAAAUUGCAGGAGCAUUCUCAUACAAGAGAAGUGAUAUUUGCGCUUCCUUCAUUGCAGUUACAUUUAAAAACUGAACAUUUACAGACCGCCCGUACUCCAGAUGUUAUAGGACUUCCUAAGCAUAUUUUAUAUAGUGAGAAGCCGUUAGUGGAAUGCAGCUUCAUUACAGAAUUUGAAGAUCAUAUUUUUGUUACUGUUGAUGCAGAGGGAUUCUUCUUUCUACAUGAUCUUAUUACGUCAUAUGUAAAGGAAAAAGAACGAGUGCAUACUAUGCAAACCAUAAAUGCACGCGCACAUAGUCCAGAUCCCCAAGAAAAAGAAAGUACAAGUGCUAGUACAAGUGCGACUAGUGUUCCUACAUCCACAACUAUUACGAUGGAAGAUGAAAGAAAACGCAAACAAUUUGAUCCAGCAGAGAUGUUUAUUAAAGAUUGGCGAUCGUAUAGAUGUAAAACGUGGCAUUUAGAACCUACUGUUAGGUUACUUUCAUGGGCUGGGAAAAGUAUAAUAGAACCAUAUGGUAUAGAUUACAUUCUUCAAAAAUUAGGAUUUUCUCAUGCACGUACUACAAUACCUAAAUGGAUCCAAAGAGGAUUUAUGGAUCCACUGGAUAAAUUGCUUACUGUUCUUAUGUUAAGAAUGGUAUUAGCUGUACGCGAAGAACCAUUAGAUGAACAAAAGGAAUAUAAAAGGGAUAAAUAAUUUGUCACUUUUUCGUUGCGCUUCUUUUCUCUGUGACUUUUACGAAUAUAUAUCAAAUUCACGUGAUCUCUAUUUAUUUCUAACAGUCCAUAAAAUAAAGUAAUGAUUCGUUGCUACAACUGCAGUGACAGUGCGUAGCAGGAACUUUUUAAUGAACUGAGAUAAUAAAAAUUUAGAAUACUAAAAUUUUUUUUUUAUCUUUCUCUCUGUAAAGCAAUAACACAUCGUUAUGCAAAACAGUUUUUGCUUUCCUUUACUUUGUGGAAAGAAAUACAACAUUAAUAUUCUAAUUAAUGAAGAAAACGAACCAUAGUGGUUGUAAUAAUCGUUCUUGAUAUAAGAACUUUGAUCUUGUACAUGUAAAGCUGAUAUAUUUCAGAUGUAUAUGAUAUGAUAUGAUAUAAUAUGGUGUGUUUCAAUAGGGAUUUGUAAGAAUAUCUGAAGGCAUAAUAAGAGAUGUAACCAAACACAAUUGUACAUUAAAUAAAUUAUAGUAGCUAUUAAAUUACAUUUCUAUUAAGAAAUAUGAAAUUAUAUCAGUGAGUAUACAUAAAUCAGCACCAGUAAUAUAAUUAUAUAUAUAUAUAUAUAUAUAUAUAUAUACACACAUGUACAUUUAUAUGUCGUGUAUUAAAGAGACGCUGCAACAUAUGUAUCUUGAUUAUCAAUUUGUUUAGCAUUUUGUUCAGAAAUAAUACACACUCGUAUAUAUAAAACUACGCGUGUAAUAUAAUUCAAAUUUAUUCUUUAUUAUAUACAAAAAGAUAGUACCGCUAAUAUUGAGCAUCGACACAUAUUUCGUAUAUAUAUAUAUAUAAUCUAAAGAUCACAAAAAAAUGCUUCUUAUAUACAAAUAGAGACAACUUAUAUUUCAAAUAGGAAAUGUUUAUCUAAAAAUGCAAAGAUAUUUUUAAAAGAUUAUUAAAUGUUGCAGCAGCAAUAAUAAUUUGUUAAAUACUGGUGCAUUUUCCUAUAUGU